GCAGUACAGACAAUUCGCAGGCUGCCCCUCUCCCAACGAAAGGCUGGAAGCAGGAGAGCAGCCGUUGUCCUCCUUGUUUAUUUUUCCGGUUUUUCUAAAUCCUUGCAGACAUGGCCUCCGAUGGCAUGGAUGAACGAUCUCCACUGUUGUCAGCACCGAACUCCGGGAAUGUCACACCCACGGCACCGCCGUACUUGCAGGACUCGAGUCCCAGAGCGGAGCUCCCUCCGCCCUACACAGCCAUCGCCAGCCCAGACGCUGGAGGACUUCCUGUCAUUAACUGCCGGGUGUGCCAGUCUCUCAUCAACCUGGAUGGCAAGAUGCACCAGCACGUGGUCAAGUGCACUGUGUGUAACGAAGCCACGCCUAUCAAGAACCCUCCCACAGGGAAGAAGUACGUGCGAUGUCCCUGUAACUGCCUCCUCAUCUGUAAAGACACGUCGAGGAGGAUAGGGUGCCCCAGGCCCAACUGCAGACGCAUCAUCAACCUGAGCCCGGUGAUGGUGAUCCCUGAGGAACAGCCUGCCCAGCCUGCCCUGCCCGUUCAGCCAGAGGGAAUGAGAGUGGUCUGUGGUCACUGCGGAAACACCUUCCUGGGCAGUGAGGACGCCAGCCCAUCCCAGGCCCCCCCUGGCCUCGCCCUCGAUGGCGCCCCCCCUCCUUCUGAUCAGCAGUGGAUGGAACUCCGAUUCAACACGUUAGCCAAGUGCCCACACUGCAAAAAAAUAUCUUCAGUUGGCAGUGCCCUCCCUAGAAGGCGCUGUUGUGCCUACAUCACCGUCGGAAUGAUCUGCAUCUUCAUCGGAGUGGGAUUAACAGUGGGCACCCAGGACUUUGCCAGUCGCUACCAUGCCACCUACGUGUCCUGGGCCUUCGCCUACCUGCUUGGUCUCAUCUGCCUGAUACGAGCCUGCUACUGGGGCGCCAUCAAAGUCAGCUACCCAGAGAACAGCUUUGCUUAGGCUGUCACUGCACACGCUCGCACAGCCCGUCCACAAAGAUGGAAUGAGAACCCCCCUUUUUUUAUUUACAUCUUUCUCCAUGUCGUUGCGAUUUUGUACAGGUCAAAGGUUGGGUCUGUUUGACGCUGUUUGGUCUGCGAGGACUCAAAUCCAGCCUUGGGUUUUUGGUUUAGCGAAAUCCAUGCAAACUGAUGAUUGAGGUUGAUCAUAGGAUUGAUUUUCAGAUUUUAGGAAUCGGGUUUCGUUGAUACGAAAAAAUGGGAGAUUGAAAUGAGUGAUAUUGAAAUCGAACAGUGAUCAAGCUGGUAAUUUGAGAUAGCUGUAAUCACAUGAAGACCGGCUGGAUUUGGCCUCUUCCUGAACAAGUUUUAGCUACGACCACAAGGAACAUAUUGGUACCCAUUUUAUGUAUUGCUAUUUGUCACCAACCAGACCAAACAAGGAGAACUUUUCAAGAACAGUCUUGCCCAUUGCACUGCAGUUAUAUGCAAUUCUUGUGUUCUUUUGCUGCUAGAUUCCCCCCAGCUACAUAAAGCUGCAACCAUACUGUAUGUAAUCAUUUACUCUGCCUGUGCAAUGCAUAGUAGGUCUACCAUAUAUGAUUUCAAUUCAAGGAAAUUAUCAAACUUAAUAAAGAAAUUGUCCGUAAA